UUUCUUCCUUCCCUGCUUCCAUAAAAUCUCCGAAAAUCUCUAAUGCUAUUACUAAGAGACAAUCUUCCCGUCCCAUUUCUAUCCUUAAUUCCAAAACCCCACCUUAGAAACCAUGUUUUUCCCUCCAAAAAAGCAAUCACAUUCCCAGGAUUCCCACUAAAAAAUGACAUCAUCUCCUGCAAUCUCAAGAUGGCCAAUGUGGUGAGGUUUGAUGGACCCGUAAUGGAUCCUACCGGAGUGGAAGAUGAUGAAUUGGUGGUGGAGACCUGCAUUACGCGCACUUUGCCACCGGCUUUAACACUUGAGCAUGGUCUUCAGAGUAUUAAAGCGGCUGUGGAUGAGUUGAAGUUUAAUCCUCCUUGUGCUUCUAGUGGAGUUUUGAGAUUUCAGGUUGCUGUGCCCCCAAGUGCAAAAGCUUUAAAUUGGUUUUGCUCUCAACCAGAGUCCUCUGGUGUUUUUCCUUUGUUUUUUCUUUCUAAGGAGACGGCCAGUCCGACAUGUAAAUCAUUAUACAUGAAUGGAGUUCGUGGUUUUGGUAUUGGAACUGCUAUUUCCUUUACAAACUCUUCUUUUGUACCUGGAGAACUAAGUUCAACCAAGAGAUUUCUUUUGAAUGAUUCGGUCCUUCUGUCAACUUAUGGUUUUCUGGAUAUUAAUUUCAACACAGAAUUCUCUUCUGUGAAGAACAAGGAUGGUUCUUUUUACUUUUUCAUUCCUCUGAUUGAGUUAGAUGAGCAUGAUGGUAUCUCUAUUUUAGCAGCCACCUUAGCAUGGUGUGAUUCUUACUCGUGUACAUUUGAGCAGGCCAUUCAUUCUUAUGAAUCAGCCUUUAUCAGGUUCUCUUCUCAUUUUUGGCCCGCUACGGAGAGAUGCCACUCUGGACGUGUAAGAGCUGCCAUUAGAAAACUUAAUGUGGUUGAGUACAACACUAUGCAAAUGGCAUAUAUGAAUAUCCCUUCUGGCGGAAGAGAUUUUGAAGCUUUCACCUUGGAACUGAAAGGGGCACCUUCUUCCAUGCAGUUCUGUCUCAGGUUUUCAUCUACCAUUGGUGUUGCCCGCAACGUGUUGGGUUAGGCCGCCGAAACAACCGAUUCCAUUCAAGAUUGUGCAAAUAUCAAUGCUGUUUGGGCAUCACUUAUAGUUGAAGAAUGUUCUCGCCUUGACUUGACGUAUUUUUGUGUAGCUCCAGGAUCAAGGUCAACCCCUCUUGCUCUUUCCGCUUCUGCUCAUCCCUUAAUAACCUGUGUUUCAUGCUUUGAUGAGAGAUCACUUGCAUUUCAUGCUAUUGGGUAUGCAAGAGGGUCUAAGAAAGCGGCCGUCAUUAUAACAACAUCAGGAACUGCGGUUUCAAAUCUUUUACCUGCUGUGGUUGAAGCCAGCCAAGACUUUGUACCCCUUCUGAUACUCUCAGCAGAUCGUCCUCCAGAGCUUCUGGAUUGUGGAGCAAACCAAUCAAUCAAUCAGGUGAAUCAUUUUGGUUCUUUUGUAAGGUUCUUCUUCAGUCUUCCACCUCCCACUGAUCAAAUCCUUGCUCGGAUGGUUCUUACCACACUGGACUCUGCUCUUCACUGGGCAACAUCUCCACCAAUUGGUCCUGUUCAUAUUAACUGUCCUUUUAGGGAGCCAUUAGAUAAUAGUCCAGAAAAAUGGAAAUCAAAUUGUUUGGAAGGAUUAGAUACUUGGAUGUCUAAUGCUGAACCAUUUACCAAGUAUAUUAUGGUGCAGCAUUCUUAUUUAUGUAAUAAUGGUACACAUGGCCAAAUGGAAGAGGUUCUAGAAAAAAUUCAAAGUGUUAACAAAGGGCUCCUACUUGUUGGUGCCAUCACUACAGAGGAUGAGAUAUGGGCAGUUCUUCAUGUGGCAAAAUACCUUCAAUGGCCUGUUGUGGCUGACAUAUUGUCCGGGAUAAGGUUGAGAAAGUUGUUGUCGUCCUCUCCUGAAGUUGAACAGAAUAUUAUUUUCGUUGACUAUCUUGACCAUGCAUUACUUUCAGAUUCAGUUAGGGAUUUGGUCCGGUUUGAUGUAAUUGUUCAGAUUGGGAGUCGGAUUACAAGCAAGCGAAUCUCUCAGAUGCUGGAGAAAUGUUUCCCAUGCUCAUAUAUCUUGGUUGACGAUCACCCAAACCGUCACGAUCCUUCACAUUUUGUAACACAUAAAAUCCAAAGCUCUGCCAUUGAGUUUGCUAAUAUUUUACUGAAAGCCCAAAUUCCACAUAGAAGCAGAAAAUGGCAUGAUUAUCUACAAGCGCUGAAUAUGAUGGUUGGACAGGAGAUAUCGUUUCAAGUUUCUUCUGAACACUCUUUGUUAGAACCUUAUAUUGCACAUGUAAUCUCAGAGGCACUUUCAUCUGAGUCUGCUCUUUUUAUUGGAAACAGCAUGGUAAUACGUGAUGCAGACAUGUAUGGAUGCAAUUGGAGAAGUGAUACUCACAGUGUUGCAGAUAUGAUUUUAAAUACAGAAUUACCAUGUACGGGGAUAUUGGUUGCUGGAAAUAGAGGUGCUAGUGGAAUUGAUGGUUUGCUCAGCACAGCUGUUGGUUUUGCUGUAGGAUGCAAUAAGCGAGUGCUGUGUAUGGUUGGAGAUAUUUCUUUCCUUCAUGAUACAAAUGGCUUGGCAAUUCUGAAACAGAGGAUGUUGCGAAAACCUAUGACAAUACUUGUGAUCAACAAUCGUGGCGGUGCAAUAUUCAGCUUCCUUCCAGUUGCAGAUAGAACUGAUCCAAGAGUGUUGAAUCAAUACUUCUAUACUUCACAUAACAUUUCAGUCCAGAGACUCUGUGAGGCGCAUGGGGUGAAGCAUUUGGAAGUAAAAACGAAAAUGAAACUACUUGAGGCUUUAAUCUCAUCACAGAAAGGAGACACAGAUUGUGUCAUUGAAGUUGAGAGCUCCAUUGAUGCUAAUGCCACUUUCCACAGUUAUAUAAGAAAAUUUGCUUACCGAGCAGCUGAACAUGCUUUAGGUGUCGUUUCAAAGCCUUCUCUUUCAGAAUCUCUGUCACGAGGUUGCCACUACAAAAUCAAAUCAAUUAGUUAUUCUCUCUACAGAAUUCGGCUUUGUGCUCCACCUACUUCAAGAGUGUUUGAUCAUGACCGCACCAGAUUUUAUAGAGAAGGUUUUAUUUUGUCUUUGAUUCUUGAAGAUGGAAGCAUUGGGUAUGGAGAGGUUACGCCCCUUGAAAUUUGCCAAGAAAAUCUGUUGGAUGUAGAAGAGCAACUUCGUUUUCUUUUUCAUACAACUGAAGGAGCUUCCAUUAAUUAUUUUCUACCAAUGCUCAAGAGUUCAUUUUCUUCUUGGAUAUGGAAAACUUUAGGAAUUCCGGCAUGUUCACUCUUUCCAAGUGUCAGAUGUGGUUUGGAGAUGGCAAUCCUCAAUGCUAUAGCAGUGAGCCAAGGUUCUAGUUUAUUGAAGAUACUUCAUCCUCUGAGGGAAAGAAAUGAAGAAAAAUAUGAAAAAUCGCCGAGUGUUCGUAUAUGUGCUCUUCUUGAUAGUAGUGGUAGUCCGGAAGAAGUUGGUCAUAUUGCUACUGAUCUUGUCAAAGAAGGGUUUACGGCAAUUAAGAUAAAGGUUGCACGUAGGGUAGAUCCAGUUGAAGAUGCUGCUGUCAUACGGGAAGUAAGAAAGAAGGUUGGUUGCCACAUUGAACUUCGUGCCGAUGCCAACCAUAAUUGGACAUAUGAACAAGCUAUUAAAUUUGGCUUCUUGGUGAAGGAUUCUACCUUGCAAUAUAUUGAGGAGCCUGUUCAAGAUGAGGCUGAUAUUAUUAGGUUCUGUGAAGAAAGUGGCUUACCUGUGGCAUUGGAUGAAACUAUUGAUAACUGCCCAGAAAAUCCUCUGAAUCUGCUUGUCAAGUAUAAUCACCCGGGAAUAGUUGCUUUGGUCAUUAAACCAACUGUAAUUGGUGGAUUUGAGAGGGCUGCGAUAAUCGCACGGUGGGCACAAAGACAAGGAAAGCUGGCCGUUAUUAGUGCUGCAUUUGAAAGUGGCCUAGCAUUGUCAGCGUAUAUAGUGUUUUCCUAUUAUCUGGAUUGGCAGAAUGCUGACACAUGCAAAUUGAUGAAGAAUAACCUAGUUCCUUCUGUUGCUCAUGGUCUUGGGACAUUUCGCUGGCUUGAAGAAGAUGUAACGACUGAUAUGCUCGGCAUUGAACGUAAUCCAAGUACUGGAUUUAUAGAAGCAUCUGUUGCUGAUGCUACCCAUCUCCUGCAUAAAUUUCAAAUGAACCGUAAUUUUAUCCAUAGAACCUUUACUAGCCAAAAGGUCCUAAGAUAUCACCUAGCUCUGGAUUCAGAUGAUUUCUUUUCCGUCAACGUACAAGAUGGUCAGAGAAAUAAUGAUAGCACGAUUCUAUUUCUUCAUGGUUUUCUUGGGACAAAUGAAGAAUGGGUUCCAAUCAUGCAUGCUAUCUCGGGAUCUGCAAGAUGCAUUUCAGUUGACCUGCCUGGCCAUGGGGAAACAAAGAUAAAGAACCGUGCUGAUGGCAAAGCUGCACUGCAAGCAACGUUGUCAAUCGAGAUAGUUGCCAAUUUGCUGUUUAAAUUAAUUGAAGACAUAACUCCUGGUAAAGUUACUCUUGUUGGAUAUUCUAUGGGAGCAAGGAUUGCUCUGUACAUGGCGCUUAAAUUUGGUGAUAAGAUUGAAGGGGCUGUUAUAUUAUCGGGUAGUCCUGGAUUAGAAAAUGCAGUCACAAGAAAAAUUCGCUGGGCUAAAGACGACUCGAAAGCUUGUUCCCUUGUUACACAUGGUUUAAAGCUCUUUCUAGACACUUGGUAUUCUGGAGGUUUGUGGAAGAGCUUGAGAAAACAUCCCAAUUUUAAUCAAAUUAUCUCUAGACGAUCACUGCACAAUGACUUGCAAGGUCUUGCAAGAGUUUUGUCUGACUUGAGCCCUGGAAGACAGCCGUCAUUAUGGGAAGACUUGAAGCAUUGCAAGACACCUCUUAUGCUCGUUGUUGGAGAGGAAGAUGAGAAAUUCCAAACGGUGGCUCAGAAAAUGUGGCACAAAAUUGACCAUGAUAGAGAUGAUGAAGUGAGCAAGCUCCAUCAGAUUGUGGUUCCCAACUGCGGGCAUGCCAUUCAUUUAGAGAACCCUCUUCCCAUCAUCCGGUUAAUUAGACAAUUGUCACCAACUUAAGUGCUAGAUUACAGGAAAAAGGCUUGUAAGAGAUUCGAUUUAAGAUAAUGACAGCCAAAAUUUGCAAUAUUUUACUAACAACCUGUUGAAGGUCAGGUUCAGAAGUACAAAACAAAUGAGAACAUAUCUAUCCAGUUUAGUUAAAGGUCUAA